CUCUCUUCUGAUUCUACACCGAAGCUAUAUAAACGCUUAACAUUUCCUCAAGUUUCCCCCAUUUGGCGGGUUCAGAUAGUGAUCCAUCCGAGUCGCCGCUUUUGCCGGAUCCGUCGCAUUCGGAUCUCUGCCUCUUCAACUGCGACCACAGAAGAAAGGCUCAAUAAAGAUUAUUUCGUCAUGGCGAUCACGCACAUGCCUGUUCGGCUUUCCGUGUGUACUCAGCCUGAGUAUGAACAUACUCCUCACUCGAGCGUGCUGCGUGGACUUACUCCCCCGGUAACGCCCACCAUCGACGAUGACAGUCUCUCCGGCAGCGAGGUUACCGUGCAUUCCAAUACCUCCAGCCCCUUUCUCUCCCCGGUGGAUGCCAAACCGGAGAAACUUAACGAGGAAAUCUCCGAUACCAAGCACUUUACCGACGAUCUCGAGUACCACUACGACCCGAGAGGACGCCCGGUCGAAUUUGGCCGUGGCGUCUGGAGCGUUGUAUACAAAGCGUCCUCUUCUCCUGCCGUCAAAUCAGGUCUUUUGACCCCUCCGAGUUCCCCAGCCGUCAAAGGCCGGGUGGUGGCUGUCAAGUCGCCUGUGAGGCGGGAUGCGCAUUCCGUCCUUGAUGCUGAAGCCCGCGCACUGACCCGGAUCAGCCGCGUAGCAGGCGCGGAGAACCAUGCCGUGCCCUUCCAUGGGUACAUCUCCGAGUCGCAUUCCAUUGUCAUGUCCGCCGUGCCGCUGGCGCUGUCGACCUACAUUCAGGACAAGGCCGCCAUCGCACAAAAGACCCGGUCCACGCAGACCAUGUUCAACCCGGUUCAAGGCAUGGCCCAUUGGCACGUCUUGGCGGAAAAGCUCAUUGCUGGCUUGGCCUGGCUGCACAGUGGUCCGCAGAUGGUGCAUGGUGAUAUCAAACCCCACAAUAUCCUGCUGCGAUUACGUUCACCCAGUGGCCAGGAUCUCGACUUGGAGUCGGACUCAUUCCCAUACGAGCCGCUCUUUGCCGAUUUCUCGUCGGCGCACCCGAUUGCCAGCCCCUCCUCACCCGAACAGUGCAGCAUGGGCACAGCCCUAACCGCGCUCACGCCGCCAUUCGCGGCCCCGGAAUUACUCUGUGUCUCCUCCUUGACGUCACCGGAUGUCGCGCCCACUCCCGAAUCUGAUGUCUUUUCCCUUGCCGUCAGUCUUCUCGCCGCAGCCACGGGCGAUCUUCUUCUCUACCCAGGUGCCAGCAAUUUACAGCGCCUGGCCAUGGCUCGCGAGGGUCAUCGGGUGAUCGACUUCGCCCGCUCGGGCCCUAAUGGUUCGCGCGUUCCUCGCGCGGGAGUUGUCGAGCAGAUGAUACAGCCUGCCAUCGCCAAGGAUCCGAGUCAGCGCAUCCACCCGGAUGACUGGCUGCACCUCACUGAAUCCGUUCACUGAUGAUGCCUCCGUCACAUCCUCCAUCGGACAACCCUCAAACUUAUCGGUCUUUUUCAAUGGACCGCCGGCCAUUUCUUGAUUCUCUUUGGCCAUUCUUACUUUUCCCCUUCUAUUUUCACUCUUCUCUUUCUUCUUCGUUGACUUGGCCGGAUAACCUUCUUCACUUAUCUUCUUCUGCCAUACUUUCAACAUUCUCCGCCACUUCUUCCCUUCGCGGCAUUUUCACCAGCGCCUACGAUCGUUCUAAUCUCUUCCCACUUUUCGAUUUGACCAUACAAACUAUAAAAGAUACCCUGUUUUAGAUUUUAGAUCUGCAAGGUCGACGAUACAUUCCGAUCUUUGCGCC